AUGAAUUGUUUGUAAUAUAUAAAAAAAUGCUAUGAAAAUCUUAAACAAAAAAGAGAAGGACAAGAAGAAUCUUAUAGACUAUCUACAUAGGAAUCAGAAGGAAGGAAAAAGAAAAUAUUAGUUCUUGAUUUGGAUGAAACUUUAGUACAUUGUGAAUUUAAAGAAAAUCAAAAUUUCAAUUACGAAACUAUUUUGGAUGUUUGGCAUAGAGGAGUGCUAUACAAUGUUUACUUAUGUAGAAGACCAUAUUUAAGAGAAUUUCUUAAGUAAAUGAGUGUGUACUACGAGAUCAUCAUAUUUACUGCUGGCUAUGAAUCAUAUUGUGAUAAAGUGUUACAAUAUAUAGAUGUAGAUAAACACAUAAGUGAUUAUUAUGCUAGAUCAAAUUGUAUAUUUGUAAAUGGAAAUUGUUUAAAAGAUCUUGCAAUUUUAGAUCGUCCAUUAGAUUAGUUAAUUUUUAUAGAUGUAUAAUAUUUAUAGCAUUAAUAGAAUAAUCCAAAUGCUUUUGAAUUAUAACCUGAUAAUGGAUUGUUGAUUCCUUCAUUUCUUGAUUCAGAUGAGGAUGAAUGUCUACUUAGAUUAAUACCAUUUUUAAAAUUCAUGGCUAAUAAAUCUUGUGUGAAACCAGUUAAUUAGUGUUUGAAAGAUUAUGAAACUAUUCAUGGUUCAUUGUUUAGUGAUUCUCAGAUUACUCUGUAAUGUCAUAUGGAUGGAGAGGAAGGUAGUCUAAAUGAGGAAAGCUGUAUAAUAAUUGAUGAAGUUCCUUAACAUCGAAAGACUUAAACCCUUAUGCAAAAUCAAUCAAAAGAAAAAAAGUUUAAGAGGCUCGCAGUUAAUCUCUAUUCUCUGGUUGAAUAAAUUUAAAUUGUUUAUUAUUUCAAUUAUUAUGCGCCAAAAGACUAUAGAAGAGUAAUAUAAGAAGAUGACUCAUAUAGAGCAUAUUCUUUAAAGACCAGAUACAUAUAUUGGUAGUUUAUAAAGAACUUCUGAAUAAAUGUGGAUUAUAUAAAAUGGAAAAAUGAUCUAAAAAGAAAUUGAAUAUGUACCCGGGUUUUUUAAAAUAUUUGAUGAAAUUUUAGUAAAUGCAGCUGAUAAUUUACAAAGAGAUUCACGUUAACAUAAAUAGACAUAUAUAAAAGUAGACAUAGGAAAUGAAAUUUCAAUUAAAAAUGAUGGAUUUCCUAUACCUGUUGAAAUCCAUAAAGAAUAUUAAAUUUAUGUUCCAGAAUUAAUAUUUGGAGUGUUUCUAACUGGAAGCAAUUUUGAUGAUACUGAAAAAAGAGUGGUAGGUGGUAGGAAUGGAUAUGGAGCAAAAUUGACAAAUGUUUAUUCUACUGAAUUCACUUUGGAAGUAUGUGAUGGUAAUAGCUACUUUAAGUUGGUAUGGAACAAUAACAUGAGUAACAAAUAAAUUCCAAUUAUUAAAUAAGUGAAGAAAGAUCCUUUUGUGAUUAUUUCUUAUAAACCAGAUUAUAAGAGAUUUGGGAUGAAAGAGAUAGAAGCUGAUACUUAGGCUUUAUUAACCAGAAGAGUAUAUGAUUUAGCAGGAAUUUAUGGUAAUAAGAUUAAUGUAUAUUUAAAUGAUGAAAAAAUUAAAAUCAAUUCUUUUCAAAAAUAUGUUGAUUUAUAUUUACCUAAUGAAGGAGCAAUAAAAAUAUUUGAUAAAGAAAUGACUACUCCUAGAUGGGAAGUAGUAGUAAGUUAUUCACCUACUUAAUUUUAACAUGUUUCUUUUGUUAAUGCUAUUUAUACUGCAAAAGGAGGUUCACAUGUUAAUUAUGUGACAGAUAAAAUUAUAUAAGAAAUUUAAAAUGAAAUGAAUAAUAAUAAAAAGUACAAAUCAAUUGAAGUUUAAAAAUAUCAAAUUAAAUAAUCACUUUGGGUAUUUGUUAAUUGCUUAAUUGAUAAUCCAACCUUUGAUUCAUAAACAAAAGAAAAUAUGACAACUAAGGUAUCAGAGUUUGGUGGUACUAAUGAAGAAAAAUUUAAAGUAACUGAGAAAUUCUCAAAAGCUUUAAUAAAAACAGAUAUUAUUGAAACUAUAUUUUAAUAAGCCAAAGCUAAAGCAGAUGCUAAAUUAAAUAAAUAAUUGAAAGGUACAAAAACUGGAAGAAUACAUGGAAUUGAAAAACUAGAUGAUGCUAAUGAUGCAGGAAAAAAGAACUCAGAACUUUGUACAUUAAUAUUAACAGAAGGAGAUUCAGCAAAAGCAUUAGCUAUGGCAGGUAUUGAUAUAGUUGGACGAGAUAGAUAUGGUGUAUUUCCUUUAAAGGGUAAACUUUUGAAUGUAAGAGAGGCAUCAUUAAAAUAAAUUUUAUAGAAUGAAGAAAUUGAAAAUUUGAUAAAAAUAAUUGGUUUAUAGAAGGAAAGAUAAUAUAAUGAUUUAAAAUCACUUAGAUAUGGAUCAGUAAUGAUUAUGACAGAUCAGGAUAUAGAUGGUUCACAUAUUAAAGGUUUAAUUAUCAAUUUUAUUCAUCAUUUUUGGCCAUCUUUAGUUAAAUAUCGUGGAUUUCUAAAAGAGUUUGUAACACCAUUAAUAAAAGCAACAAAAGGAAAUUAAACAAUACCAUUCUUCACAGUUUAAGAUUUUAAUAAGUUUGCUUAAGAAGAAGAUAUUAAAACAUGGAAGAUAAAAUAUUACAAAGGUUUAGGUACAUCUGAUGAUCAAGAAGCUUAAGAAUACUUUAAAAAUUUAAGAACACAUACAAUAUAAUUUAGAUAUGAUGGUGAUGAAGAUGACAAUUCAAUUGAUUUAUGCUUUAAUAAAAAAAAAGCAAAUGAUCGUAAAUAAUGGUUAGCAUAAUACAAUCAUGAUUUAUAUGUGGAUCAUACAAAAAGUGAAUUAGGCUAUUCAGAAUUCAUACACAAAGAGUUAAUUCAUUUUUCUAUGGCUGAUAAUAUUAGAUCUAUUCCUUCUUUAAUGGAUGGUUUAAAGCCAGGAUAGAGAAAAGUAUUAUUUGCUUGUUUUAAGAGAAAUUUAAAAUAAGAAAUUAAAGUGGUCUAAUUGGGUGGUUACAUAGCUGAACAUUCUGCUUAUCAUCAUGGAGAUUUAUCAUUAGUUUCUACAAUUAUAGGUAUGGCAUAAAAUUUUGUUGGUUCCAAUAAUAUUAAUUUAUUAUUACCAAAAGGUUAAUUUGGUAGUAGAGCUAUGGGUGGCAAGGAUCAUGCAUCUGCAAGAUAUAUUUCUACUGCUCUUAAUAAAAUUACUAGAUACAUAUUUCCUGAAUAAGAUGAUCAUUUAUUAAAGUAUUUGGAAGAUGAUGGAUAAAUGGUUGAACCAGAAUAUUAUGUUCCUAUCAUUCCUAUGAGUUUAGUUAAUGGAGCUGAAGGUAUAGGUACUGGUUGGUCUACAUCAAUCUAAAAUUAUAAUCCAAUUGAAUUAGUUUAAUAAAUUAAAAAUAGAUUGGAUGGGUAAUAAUUUUAGACAAUGACUCCAUUUUAUAGAAAUUUUGAUGGUAUAAUUGAAAAUUUACCUAAUGGUAAUGGUAUUAUCAAAGGUCUUAUAGAUUGUAAUGAAGCCACAGAUAUUAUUACUAUUAGAGAACUUCCAAUUAAGAAAUGGACAAAAAAUUAUAAAGAAUGGUUAGAUAAAGAAAUGGCUGAGGAAGGUAGUUAAAUUGUGGAUUUGAGAGAAUAUCACACUAAAUACAAAAUUCAUUUUGAAAUAUAGAUGGCUGAUGGAUUUGUAUAGGAUUUAAGAAAUCCUUUAGAAUAUUUCAAGUUAUCUUCACCAGCAUCAUGCAGCAAUAUGGUUUUAUUUGAUUCAAAUAAUAAAAUAAAGAAAUAUGAAUAUGUUUAGGAUAUUAUGGAAGAGUUUUAUUAAGUUAGAUUGGAGUUUUAUCAUAAAAGAAAAGAUUAUCUUAUAUCUAAGUUGGAUAGAGAAGUAUAAUUAUUAGAUAAUAAAUUAAAAUUCAUUAAGAUGGUAAUUAGUGAAGAGAUUUAAAUAAGAAAUGUUAAGAAAAUUGAUUUAGUGAAACAAUUAGAUAAGUAUGGAUUCACUCGUUUCUCAUAAUUGAUAUAAGUAAAAUCUACUAAGGUAAAGGCAUUUGGUGAUUCUUAAAAAUAGUAGAAAAAUGUUGAUGAGGAUGAAAGUGAAGUAGAAGAAGUAUCAGGAGAUGAGGAAAAAUAAUAAAAAAAAUAAAUUUCAAAAAAAUUAUAAUAAACACCAUCAAUUGAUAUAGGUGAGUUUAAUUAUUUACUAUCGAUGCCAUUAUUUUCACUUACUUAUGAAAAAGUUGAGAAAUUAUAAGAUGAAUUAAAUUAAAGAGUUUAAAGCAGAGAAGCUUUGGUUAAUAAAGAAAUAUCAGUUAUGUGGAGAGAGGAUUUAGAUAAAUUUUUAGAGGCUUAUUAAGAAAUGAUUGAAAUAGAGAUACGUUUGAUUAAUUAAUAAGAAAAGAUGCCAGGAAAAUAAAUGAAAAAACCUAAAAAGAAAAAUGAUAAAUAAGAACAAAAAAUAGUUGAAGAGAAAGUAUAAAAGUCUAAAGCAAUUAAAAGUAAAGAUCCCGUUGAAGAAAUAUUAUCAAAAUAUAAAAAUAAGGAUGAUAAAUUAAGUGAAAUGAAUUCUAAAUAAAAUGACUUCAAUUCUAAAUAAUAAAAUUAAAAAUAAUAGGAAUCAAAAUAAUAAGUGGAUAAUUCCAAGUAGGUUUCUUAAUCGAUUUAGGGCAGAAGAAUAAGAAAAUUAAAAGUAGAAAGCAGCUCUGAUGAUGAUUGAAAAUAAUAGGUAAUUUUGAUUAUUAAAUAUUUAUGUAAAAAUACUUAUUAAAUGGAUUUGAAGUUUUUAAAGUCUUACCAAUAUCUCAUGAAAUUUUAAGAAAGAAAAGUCAUGAACAUUACAAUUUCACUAAUAAAGAGGAAGAUAUCCUAAGCAUUAUGGUUGAUACUUUAAGAUUAUAUAAUAAAGUUCAUAAGAUUGAUGCUUUAGCUUUAGCAGCACCAUAAAUAGGAUGGGAGAAGAGACUUUUUGUUUGUGCUGACAUAGAUUUGUAAUAUAGAAAAAAGGCAAAAUAUAUUUAAAAAGUUGACGUUUACUUGAAUCCAGAGAUAAUUAAAAAAUCAAAUGAUUUAAUAAAAAGCGAUGAAUUUUGCCUUAGUUUUCCACCUAAUGUAUAAAAUAUAAUUAUAUUAUGAGAAAAUGGCUUGUAUAAUGAGAUCAAAUAAAAUUGUAAUGAAAUAUUAUAAUUUAUUGGGAAUUGAGAUGGUUGUAGAAGCAGAAGGAUUGUAAGCUUGUAUUUAUCAACAUGAAAUUGACCAUUUAGAUGGAAUUAGUGCUUUAGAUAAAGCUACAUCUAUUAUAGAUAGUUAAUAGUGA